GGAUUAUCUGGUCAACCUACUCCUGGAACAUGGAUGGAUACGGACGGUUUUUGAUGUUGUACUAUCGUACUACAUAUCCCAUAGGGCUGUGUACAGGAAGUGUUCUUGCUUUGCGUUCCGUAUGAAGGAAAACUUUUUACUUACCGGGUAUGUUUACCUUGAUUAGAUGUGGAUAUGCACGUCUUGUCGGUUUUCUUUUAGUUUUAAUAACGAUAACGUGGACGACCUGGAGCCUGAAGUGGCGAACCGAGGCUACACCAGUGAGAAUGGGAGACGAAACGUUGCAGUAUUUCCUUAGAAAAGGGAAAAUUGAAAAUGAGGACGCGGCGGAUGUCGGGUGGUUCCAUGCCGCCAACAGCUGGUCCGGAAUCGCGGAAGGACUGCAAAGUUCUUCUCUGAUGAUUGAAGCAGACAUCAUUCUUAGAGGUUAUGACCCCACAGAUCCCAUCAUGGCUCAUCCACCUGCCACUGACAGUGAUAUCACCUUGCAUGACUGGCUGAAAGAGGUUUUGAUGUCUGAAAAAGGAAUUAAGCUGGAUUUCAAAAGCCUUCAAGCUGUGGCACCCUCCAUGAGACUACUGGAAGAAGUUAGGGGGCAUCUGCUUGGCCCCGUGUGGAUCAAUGCCGACAUCCUCUCAGGCCCAGGGGGGAACGCCACCCCUCUUGACCCUGCAUCUUUCCUGCAAGCAGUCAGUGAAGGAUUACCAGGUGACGUGCUAUCCCUUGGUUGGACCACAGGGUGGAGCCCCAACAUAAAUAAUCCAGGGUAUAGCUGGGAGAUGGUGCAGGAGAUGGAAAAGGUGUGUAGGCAUCUGAAACAGCCUGUCACCUUUCCUGUGCGAGCUGCACUUCUGGCCCAAUCCUUCCACCAGCUGCAGUGGCUUCUUCAGCAGUCUAGCAGAUACAGUCUGACUGUGUGGACAGCCCAAACUGAUGAAUGGAGCGUGGAGGACCUGCUUCCCUACAGACAGAACAUCGACCAGAAAAGAGUCUACUAUGACAUUCCAGAACAACAGCUUGCCAUGUUGAAGAAACUCAGCUCAAGCACUCAGAAAGACAUCAGUUCAGGAACGUAAAUUAAGCAAGUGGAAACUAAGGUUCACUUUUUCAGACAAAGGGAAUUAGGGGAACAGUUAUUCUAUAAUUAAGGAAUAUCGAACAGUUAAGCAUCAUGAAAAGUUUGGUAUUAUCGAUGUCGGUAUGUUGACGAUUCUGUUUUUAUGGUGGCAAAACUACUAAAUAAAAACGAACAAAUUCAGACUGCA